GCUUACACCACAACAGGCCUACCUUCAGCUACCGUGCCGUCGUGCUGUCUGCCUGCCACCACCAUGAACUAUACACUUCAUACAACGACCUGCAUACACCGUAGUGCCAACCUUGGCCGUCUCUGUCAGAGUGUUGAUGAGAAUUUAACAUGUAGCAGAGUGCAGCAACUUCCAAACUUGUGGGUGAGGUGCCGAGCAGCGGAGGUCAAGAUGGAGGGUCCAGACAGCCGGCCUCCCCAAAUAUCCCCUUCCCUUCCCCCACCAGCAAUAGCAGCAGACUCCCAUCAGCACCCACCCUCACCCCCACUCCCACUCAAACCAUCACCCACCUCCCCCAUGCAAUCCCUCCCCCACACACCUCCACGCCACUCGCCACUGCCUCACACGCCUAUCACGCCACACACGCCCCUACCCCACACGCCGCUCACCCCACACAGCCCCCUCACGCCCCUCACAUCCCAGAGCACCUUAGCAUCAGAGGCUUCUGUGGACUCGGGAGUGGCAUCUGCACAUUCACUGGAUCUCUCGCACAACAGUAGCAACAGCUUGGAGACACAUGCACUACGCAGGAGGGCUGGGAGCAGCGUGAGCAGUGGGACAAGUGAAGUGUGGCUGGGGUCUCUGGAUGGUGAUCCAGCUGGCCUGGAGGUUCUACCAGAGCUGUGGCCUCACUCUGAGAGUCCCACAUCACUCCAUCAUAGUCCACCACCCUCACACCACAGCCCCUCCUCCUCCCAUCACAGUCCUACGCCGAGUCACCAUAGUCCAACAGUCUCCUGUCAUAGUCCAAUACCCACCCACCAGAGUCCGACCUCACAGCAUCAUCAUCUCCCACCCCAGGACAUAGACAUUGGUGGUCCUGCUGUGCCCGUUAUAGGUCAAGACUCGGAGAGGCACUCCUCAUCCCCAAGAGACAACCCCAAGGAAGCUUUUUCAUCUGUGAUACCACUUCACCCUAGUGCCCUAAGUCCUCAUACCAGCCCUCUGCGGCCAGGAGUUGAGCAGUCUGGAAAGAACAGACAAAAGUGUGUAAUAACUGUGAACUCUGUCCCAAGUAAUGAUAAAUUAUAUAGUGGACGAGUUUUUACAGAAUUUUGUGCAAAUGAUGAGGCAUUUUAUGAUAAAAGAUUUUAUAUAAAAGACACUCAAGCAUUGUUAAAAGAGAAUUAUAGUUUAAAUGGUAUGUUAAGAAAAUCUAAAGAAACAGACAAUCUAUCAAGUACAGGUAACAGUGAUUUAGAAUGCAUGGCUAGAGAAGGCUGUGUUUGGAUUGACAAGUUUGCUACAUUAUUUGUAAAGCAGGUUAUAGAAGAAGCCCUUUCAGUGAGCUCCUCUAUUGGUUGGUCUAUAAAGUGCUCGGGCCAGUGUCAGCGUGAACAGUGUCGGGAAGAUUAUCAGAGAAAAGAGAGCAGUUGGUGGACUGUGGGAGGAGGCAGAGGUAAUCGUAAGUCCAGCAUCCCACUUUUGGGUUUGUCUUGUGGGAGUCCUGGUUUGUGUUGGACUCCAGAGCUACCGUACAGUCCCUCACACCGACCACACUCCCGAUCAUCUUUGGGCUCCAGCCUUUCCUUCUCCCAUGACUCGCUGGUAAGUUCUGGUCCUCGCAUGGACGACUCUCACCUCAUCACCGGCGCUGUGUCACACGAUGCCUUGCUCUUUCCUACUUCCAAAACCUCCCACAGUGAUGUGAGUGACAUAUAUAAUGUGCCACUGGAUGGAGAUAUCUAUGCAGUGCCAGUAGAUGUAGUAAAGCCUAAUAAGGAGGGGCAAAUAUUACACCCAAAAGCCAUUAUGCAUCAACCCAAAAAGAGACAUCAUAGGAGACAUGCUAAGAACACUACUAGUGCUAGUGUGUUAAGUGAUAACAGUUCAAAAAAAGUUAGUAACUCUGAUCAUAUUAGUGGCAGCAGACAAUUUAAGGAAAGUAGUGUAACCAGAAGCAGACAGCAUUCUGGUCAGUCAGUUGCUUCUGUCAGUGGUGACUUGCUGAGAGUGAGUAAACGUCACAGUGUACCCAGUAACAUUGGCUGUGCUCUCAGCAUGACUCCUAAACAUGGUGCAAGUAAGGAAAAUCAUGAACCUAUUCAUAUGACUCUGGAGGAAGUUCGAAAAUCUUUCCAUGAGUCAGAUGAUACUAUAAACUGUAAUAAGACUAAUAGGGUUCAGCAGAAUCAUAAAGUUGUUCAUGAACAGUCUAAAAUAUGCAGAAUAAUUCCUUUUACGUCGAUGAAGUCAUGUAAAAGAAAAGAUAGUUCAGAAAACCGUCUUGAGGAUAAUCGUAAGAAAGGCAGAAGUAUAUCUAGUAAUAUUCGUAAUACUCUAAUUACCAUAUUUGGCCUCAAGAAAGGAACUAAAUCCAGUGGCACAAGAUUGAAAAGUGGGAGCUGUGUGGAUGCUGCAACUCAGGGAUUUUCAGAAAUUGCAGGCAAUGGAACCACUAACCUUGUCUGCUCCCCCGCCUCAGGUCCGCAACCCAACCAUACAACCAACCAUGCAACAACCACCAUCACCAGAAACAAUCACAAUCAGCAGAACCACCACAGUAACCACCGCCACUCUAAUGGCGUUAACACCGGCUUGUUAUCAUGCCUGGGGAAUCUUAGGACAGAAACAGAGGAGCAACCCAUUACAACAACUAAUGUGCCACAGCAGAUUGCAGCUCCAUCUAGGUCUCCAGCCAUUGUAACAAACAGAGCGUUGCCUCCUCUGCCUUUGCCGUCUGCUGAAGAGGAGGAUACUACUGCCAAAACCACAGAAACUGAGGCUGGUGGAGAACGCAGAGAAGAAGAGGGCUGUGAUUUUGCUUCAAUAAUUGAAAAAGUAAAAGAUUGUGGCUGGUACUGGGGUCCAAUCAGUGGGGAAGCAGCUGAGAAAGUGUUGGCCAAUGAACCAGAUGGAUCCUUCAUAGUAAGAGACUCCUCCGAUCACCAUUAUAUCUUCUCUCUUACCUUUAAGCUUAAUGGUUUUAUUCGGCACGUCAGAAUUGAGCAUGAUCAAGGUAAUUUUAGUUUUGGUGGGUUUACGAAGUUUAAAAGUCAGACCAUUGUGGAGUUCAUAGAGAAUGCUGUGGAACAUUCUCGCAGUGGUCGCUACUUGUUCUUCUUGCAUCGUCGACCCGUGCUGGGACCCAUGAGGGUUCAGCUCCUUCACCCUGUGUCGCGGUUUAAGCACAUUCAGAGUCUUCAGCAUCUUUGUCGGUUUGUAAUUGUGAAGCAUGUUCGUCGUGAUCUGAUAAGUGAGCUCCCACUACCUCAGCGACUGAAAGAUUACCUUUGCUCUCCACAUUACUAUUCAGAAAGAGUUGAGCAAUGUAUGGCAGCAGCAGCUGCUGCUGCUUCUGAUAAUGAGGACAGUGCUUCCUCUGGAGCAGCAGGUGAAGGGAAUGAUGUUCCUAGUCAGGUGCUUCAUCCUUCGCUAGGAGAGUUAGAGAAUAACCUUCCCAGUGCACCAGUCCUCCUGCCAGGCUUUCCCGGUGUACCUCAGCCUGUGAUGGAUCGUGCCUCCCAGACCUCCCAGGCCACUUCUCCCAACCCACCAUUGUCCAGCCAGGAUCUCCCACACCUCCAACUUCUCAACAAUAUUCAUAACUCCAGUCUUCAAGAAACUACUUCAGACCAUGUGACAAACAGUGUAUUACAGACCUUACAAGAUCCAGAUCACCACAUCAGCAGUGUAGCACAGCCUUUCCCAGAGCCCAACCACCACACAAUGAUCCCCUUAGCCUGUGUUGAUAACGACUCCAUAACAGCUACUAAUCACUUCCCUACUUGUUGCUCACCUGCACAUGUGGAGCGUGAUACUUACCCUGCAUGCUCACAGGUGACCCAAACUAGCCAGGCUCAUACUGCCAGUGCCUCACCUGCCUUACAGGGUAACCUUGCCUUUGCUCACCAACAUAGUGGGCCACUCUCACUCAAUUCCUCAACGAGUGAUGUGCAGGACGAUAAGAGUUUCCCCAUUGAUAGAUCACUAACGUUCAAUGACAGUGGUCACAGUGAUGCAGGUAGAAUAAUUGCAAAUGCAACAGUCUCUAGAGAAUUUUUACUGAUAAACCCUUGCAGGGGUCUUGAUGAUCAUGUGUUUGAAGAUUUAGGAGGUGUAUGAAAUCAUUCUGUCCUGCUGAAUAGCUUCUAAUUUUGGAGUGCUGUGAAUCUAGUUUAAGGGUAGCUCUUUUAGCUGCCAUGUUCCUCUCACUUUUGUGUUUUGUAUAUUUGCUGAAUGUGAAAAGUUGUAGAACUGAAUUUAUUUACUAAUAUAUAUAUUUAUUAUUGGUCGUUAGAAUUUAUUUUGAUUUAUAUUGUUUACGUAACCAAAGACAUAUAAGAAUUUUGUCUAAAGUUAGUAAAAUUCAGGUAACUGAUGCAGAAAUGCACAUGCUGUGAAAUCUCUUGCAUAUUAUUUAUGAGAACAUGGUUGUUGACCAAGCAAAAAAUAUGAGGCCUCAUUGAAAAGUCCUGAGAGACUAAACAUGUAAUAUAUGAACACAUGGUUGCAAAAGUACAAGGCAUAAUGUGAAAAAUUGGUGAUAUCCUGGGACUCGGUGCCUUCACUGGCUAUCAUCAUAUUCUUUCUAGUGCUGCUUGUUAUGUUACAGUACUGAAGGAAAGUGCAGAUCCUGUCAUGUGUUGUACAUUUCAAAGUGAAAACCUGGCUUACAAGGAAUUUCCUUCAUAAAGGUAAGUCAGUCAACCAAGGCAUCAUCUCUACUGCUGCUUUCAGGCAUCACCAAGCAGUCAUAUAUAAAUAAAUAUUAACCAACUUGCAAAACGAAGAAAAUGUACCCUCACUAUAGGCUUGACUGCACUCUCCUGCCUAGAACACAGAGGAGAGAGAUGCUGCAGUACUCUCUGAUGGGUCGAGUCCCAAGACAUGAUGCUGCACUUGUGCAACUUACAGUAUUCAUACAACAAAAUCAGUCUCAAAGCUUAUUCAUCACACCUCAUAUUUCAGGGUUUCUUUCUAAGCUUAGGUAUUUGUCCCUUUCCAUUUUUAUUUCAAAUUUAGUUGUCACUGCCCUCUCCCACUAUCUGCAAGAUGUCCAACCAACAGCACUGUUGCAUUUGGACAGAAUACUAUUCAGUUUUAUUUGGAAAAAAUAUUAAUUUUUAAUUAUCUCUGAAAUAAUGGUAAAUGUCAUUUUCUAUAUUUUUUCCAUUUACUGUGUCACUGAUGGAAAAAUAAUUAAAUAAUUUGUCUCA